CUCAACCUUCUCUUUUGCUGCCACCCUCACCCUCGUUCCUUUUACCUAUUCUUGCUCCUUUCGUCGUUGCUAUCGUUGUCGCCAUCGCCCUUUCCUGCCCCUUCCUGCAAGCUUCUUGGUCAUCAUUCCCAAGUCUGGCCACUAUGUCAAGCAUAAACACGCACCCAUCUUUAUUUUGAGGCUGGCAAUUUUCAUUUUUCUGAGUGGAGAUGGGGAUGUGACGGUGGGUGACCUCACUGCUAGACCACCAUGUCCGACGUUGAAAUGAACAUCGAUGAAGUCGCUGCCGGCGGUGCCGUCCGCUGUGGAGGCCGCGGUUUCCAGAACACUGGCGGGAACGACAGCACCGUCACUGCCGAGCACACAUACGACCGGGUUGAGACCUCGCAUGUGAAGGAUGAUACGCGGGCCGCACGCUCCGUCGAGGGAUGGAUCGUCCUGGUGAUAACUGUGCAUGAGGAGGCGACCGAAGAGGACGUCACCGACAAGUUCGCAGACUUUGGAGAGAUCAAGAACUUGCACCUGAACCUAGAUCGUCGGACGGGCUAUGUCAAGGGAUACGCGCUUGUCGAACAUGAAACUAUGGCCGAGGCACAGGCCGCCAUCGAUGGCGCGUCUAACACGCCGCUCCUGGAGCAGACGAUCCAAUGCGACUAUGCGUUCAUCCGACUGCCACCCACGGGCCCUAAGAAGGGCAGAAGAGAAUCAGUGCUCACUAGGGCGCGCCACGCGUGCAGUCGCACGUGUCUGGGACUCGUACUCCCCCUGUUACCCUUCUUCAUUCACCGGCUUCUCUGGUCCCUCCGUCCCUCCGGUAUCUUUCCCAUGCAGUGCUUCUAGCGGCGUGGCAGUCUGGGAUAGAGAAGGUUGUCCGCUGGAAGGACAGCAGGUGGAGAAUGGUUUACGGUAGCGCGCACUUGGGCGUCUGGGGCGGGUCUGACUGCAGGCGCGCGGCUUAGGAGGUCGGGUGUAGUUUUAUAUAUCGAGUAGAAUACUGUAGCUACACGACCUUAAGUUCGUCACGCAUCACGCUUGGCUGGUUUUGCGAACUUAGGACAGUGUUUGUCACUCAUCACAAGGGUUUUUGGACCUCAAUAUGUGACAAAAAAGUAGAACGGC